AUGCCACGAUCAUCGUCUUCAGCUCACGCCGCAUCUGUCGCUGAGUAUCCAGCUGGGACGGACGGUCUGAAAGAAUCGUCACGCAAACGCGCCCGCUGUGACUCUCCGUCAUCUCCAUUGCCCCACCACGAGUCUCAAAAUUUGAUCCUUCCUGACCUGACUUCAAUUGGACAUUCUCCAAAUCGGACUCCUGACCCACUGCUACCUAGCGACUCCGAGCAUUCCGUGGCAUCGUCCGAUUCUUCGUCGUCGUGGGGUGAAGUCAUCGUCCCCCAGACUAUAGAGGAAUUUUUCGGGCAGAGCAAGCACUCUUCGGCAGCUGAGACUACUGCAUCAUCAAAGGAGCACUCGCAUGACGAAAGCGCUAACGAGCAAGCAUCGGAACGCGAAGACUCACAAGGCGAGACAUCACACGGUCCACCAUUUUACGUCGAUCCAAGCACUAUGACGACCCUUCAGGUUCGCGAAGCCGUCAAGCGUAGCGAUUACAACAUCAAUGAUUACGAUGCAGCACGCAGGAUAGGGGCUGGUGUAGUGACCAAGGCCAACGGAAUCGUAGAUAAGAGAAGGAUCUCCGACUUCUCACCACUAGCUUCGAAGGUCAAAGAAACAGUCGAGGAGAAUAGUAACGUCAACGAAAAGACCUUCAUUGUAGAGCUACACUACGCACUGCUGAGCAAGACGCCUGAGCGCAAAGAUCAAGAUCUGACAGAAGAGGAGUUGAUGGAUGCGCACAACUGGAUUGAAGCGGAGUGGAAAAAGGACUUCCUCAAGGCCUUAUGGGACAUUGAUUAUCUCUCUGAGGCCAAGCCUAAGAUUACCACUGGCAAUGAAUGGUGGGACAAGAUUAUCGCAACCUUUCCCAGAGUCAAAGAUUCCAGGCCCGACAUUUCCUGGGGAUACCAUGCCGGCGCAUUCACAAAGACGCAGAAAGACACUCUGAAUGCGCUUGGUUGCCGUUUCACGACCCCCGAAGUCUACCUCCAGUUCCUGGCUUGGGAAGCCAAAUGCCUCAAUGCGCCAAUCGAAGAUGCAGAGAAUCAGGCACUUGGCGGCGGCUCCACCAAAGUCAAUGCGCGUCGUCGCCUGGGGAAAGCUGCCGACCGUGUUCGUACUGCCAAAGCCAUUGCCGCCAAGAAGAAUGUGCCUCCAGUGGAGUAUCCACGCGCGGAUCCUGUAAGUACUCACAGCGCACAAUGGCUCCUUAGGCAGGCGAACAACUCACACGAUUGGCAGGACUCAAUCGCCUUCUCUCUCGCCGUCGCCACUCAAAGCUGUAACCUCUUUGUCCAUUGGUGUGAAGAAGUGAACCCUGUGUAUGAAAAAUGGCAUAUGACUUUCCUUCGAGACUAUAGCUUCCACCAGACCGAUCGGAUCGCACUUCUUCAUCAUAACCUCGAUAAUAUAAUGGAUUGGGGUGUCGGGGCACGCAAGCGCAAGAUCCUUGAGGACUUGGACCUCAUCUUGGACAACGAGCCGCCGAUCAGUGACAUCGUGCUAUCCCCUGCGAAGAAGCAGCCGCCCGCAAAGAAACAGAAGACGCACGAUGAUAGGGUGGAGGGAGGGGAUGGAGCGGCGGCAUUGGUAUAG